AUGAACCCGUACAUGAGCUGGGCCAUCCUGCUCCUUACCGCAGGUGGAUUGGGCUACUACUACAAGAAUAAUGGCUCGACGGCCAAGUCACGGCCUGCCUCUCUAAAGCCGAGCGAGAGGCAAGAGAGUGGCCCGGCAGGGAGCAAGAAGGAGAAGGCAAAGCAACGCACCAAGCAGCGCAGGAGCCCCCAGCCGGAAACCAACAGCAGCAGAAAUCACUCCAGCGAGGCUAGCAAUGGUGUCAACGCACCAGCCGCUGUGCCGGAAACCAAAAAGGAGCAGCGAGCUGUCGAAGCCGAAGAGUCGAUAUCGACUAGCAAUGGAGGCAUGGACGACAACUAUGAAUUUGCCAAACAAUUCUCCAAAGCAAGAAACGGCACCCCUCUAGCUGCUAAGCCUAAACCCAGCACCAGCAAGAAGCCAAAGAAACAGGCUACGCAGCAGGAGACGCAGCAACAGGAGCAACAACCACAGACUAACGGUGACUCUCACGUUAACCACGUCUCUACUGCUGCUUCCUCCACUACCGGCGCAGAUGCAGAUGACGACAUGUCACCAAUCAAUUCUCCCCGCGUCAAGCCCGCCGGUGAUGUCACUGACAUGCUCGAGGAGCCGGCUCCCGCCGCAUCCGUCCUCCGCCUGACUGGUGAUAUGGAAGACGUCCAGCAGGGCAAGAAGAAGAAACAGCAAAACAACUUCAAGUCUGUAGAGACUAAGAAGCAACGCCAGGCCCGCCGUAAGCGCGAAGAGAAGAACGAGAUGGUCAAGCAAGCAGAGAAGGCGAGGCGUGCAAUGGUCGAGAACCAGAUGCAUACAGCCCGGGAAUACGAGAGGCAACAGGCAAAGUCAACGGUGUCUCCUCCAUCUGCAAACGCAUGGGCGUCCAGCUCUAAUCUUACGCCUACUACCAAUGGCAACACCACCGGCAACGGUACAUCCACCAAGCCGUCAUCUGCCAUGCCAUUGCUUGACACCUUCGAGCCAGCUCCCGCACAACCCACUCCUACACAAGCUGGCGGGGAGAGGAAGCAGUGGACCAAGGACCUGCCAUCAGAAGAGGAGCAGAUGAGAAUGCUCAACUCUCUCAGCAGCGAGAACGAAUGGACUACGGUUUCCAACCGCAAGAAGGAGAAGCGCAGUAAGGGCAUGGCCGAGUCCACGAGCGAAGCUAGCAGCUCUGAGGCCCAUGCCAACCCCAUUGAGACUUCGUGGUAA